CACAUUUCUUAAACUGUACAGUUAAAGGUGCUUCUCUUUUAGAGAAGCAAAAAAGCAAAUCUGCUAAUUUGCAGGUUCUUAUUCCAAAUAUAUUGGUGUUACAUACAUGGCAGCCACCACCGACUCCGGCGCUGGACUUGAAGUUCACAACCCUCUCCAGUCUAUCUGCUACAAGCGCGGCUCUCUUCAGCUCCUCGACCAGAGAAAGCUUCCUCUCGAGACUGUAUAUCUGGAUAUCCAACAUGCAGAAGAUGGAUGGUCUGCCAUACGGGAGAUGGUGGUCCGUGGGGCACCUGCUAUUGCUAUUGCAGCAGUUCUAUCUCUUGCAGUGGAAGUCUUUAACUUGGACGAUUUUAAUGGGACGUCUGAUGAUGCUGCCUCUUACCUCUUCAAGAAAUUGGAAUAUCUCGUUUCGAGCCGACCUACUGCAGUCAAUCUUUCAGAUGCUGCAACAAAGGUUAAAGAAGUUAUAUUAAAGGCUGCUGCUACUGCUUCAGAUGCGAAGAAAGUUUUUCAGGCUUACAUAGAAGCUGCUGAAAAUAUGCUCGAAGAUGAUGUUGCUUCAAACAAAGCAAUCGGGACUCAUGGAGCAAUUUUUAUUCAGAACCAACUGAAAGACUCUGACAGGCUUUCUGUUUUGACCCAUUGCAAUACUGGCAGUCUUGCAACAGCUGGAUAUGGUACUGCUCUGGGAGUGAUUCGUGCUCUUCAUACUGAAGGAGUGUUAAAUAGGGCCUAUUGCACAGAAACACGUCCUUUCAAUCAAGGAUCUAGACUCACAGCUUUUGAGUUGGUGCAUGACAAAAUACCCGCUACUCUUGUAGCAGAUUCUGCUGCAGCUGCAUUAAUGAAAGAUGGUCAAGUGAGUGCUGUAAUUGUUGGAGCAGAUCGUGUGGCUGCGAAUGGAGAUACUGCUAACAAGAUUGGGACUUACAGCCUAGCCUUAUGUGCAAUGCAUCACAAAAUUCCAUUUUAUGUUGCUGCACCAUUGACCUCCAUUGAUUUAUCCCUUUCUUCUGGGAAACAAAUUAUUAUAGAGGAAAGAUCACCUAAAGAACUAUUAAAUUCGCAUGGAGGACUUGGAGAGCAAGUUGCUGCAUCUGGGAUCUCUGUCUGGAACCCAGCUUUUGAUGUUACCCCUGCAGAGUUGAUAAGCGGUAUCAUAACAGAAAAGGGAGUCAUCACUAAGAUUAAUAAUGGUGAUUUUGACAUAAAGAAUUUUGUGAAACGGGCAGCUGGGCAGUCUGUUGCAUAGGAGAGGUAUGUUGCUGGGCGGACCGGAUGCUACACCAAAAUCGUCAGUAUCGCAUGUAAUUUAGCAGCUAGUUAAGGGCUAUACCACUUCUGUAAGAACGCUGGAAUAAACUUCCUGUAUUGUUAAGAAUGCUGGAAUGAACUUCCUGUAUUGUUCGUCUCGACUCUCGAGUAUUCUGUAAUAAUUGAUCUUGCUUGUAAAGCCAACAAUUUAUUGGAAAUUUUUGGCUGAAAAUAAGGUUUUUUAUUUGAGGUGUC